AUGGCGACCGGAAAAGAACCAAAGACCAACCUUUCUUCUUCCCCUUUCAGGAAACUCACAGAUGAUCUCCUGAUAGGAGUUCUUAUUCGCCUUCGGUACUGUAGAUCCGCUUGCCGGUGCAAAACCGUCUGCAAGCGGUGGAACUCCAUCAUCUCCGACCCCUACUUCUCCCGCCGAUUCGUCGCUCACAACAAGAACCGAUCCGCCGCCGGGGAAAAGCCACCACCACACCUUCGGAGUGCCCCAGCCGUUCAUAGAAGGAUCUUCACCUUUCUACCAAUGCCUGUCCCAUUCCCAUCCAUGCUCGGCUUUUUCCUUCUCGAUUGCUUCAAGGACUUGCUCUUGCUAGGGUUCCCGUUCUCGCCCACCACCGUCGAACUGGCCCGAACCUUCAUGGUCUGCAAUCCGUUCACAGAGCAGUGGGUCGCCCUUCCUCUGGCGCCGCACAGACCCAUGACGCUGCCCCAUGACAUUGUUCCAUCGACGGCGGCGAGGUUAGUGUGCGAUCCUUGUGUUUCCGCGAGGUUGGAUUCAGGGGAAGAAGCAUUCACUCAUCACUUUGAAUACCGAUUCCGGGUGGUGCUGAUGUAUGAAUCGGAAUCAGCUUCUUCAAAGCUAGAUGUGUUCUGUUCCGAAUCCGGGGAAUGGACGGCGGUUAACCUCGAUCUUCGCGGCCGAUUGAAACCGGAUCGGAGCCUGGUUUCGGUGAACGGGAAGCUGUACUGGAGAAACAGGGCAGGCCAAGUGAUUGGGUGGAAUCCCUUCUCGCUUGACGUGGAAGUGGAAUCCCUUCCCCCUGGCGUUUCAGACCCUGAUCAAUCUGAAUUGUCCUUUUGCUUCUCACAGGAUGCUCUCUACAUGUUUCGGAGAUCCGGAGAUGUCUUGGGUGUUUUCAGCAGGCAUGGCGGGCAAGGCUGGAGGGCAGAGUAUCAGGUGCCAUUACGACGGGGAAUCAAACGCGUCAGUGUAGUCGGUCAGCAUCCUGAGAAAUCAGAAAUUGUGUUCCUGCAAUUCUCGUUUACCUCCGCCUAUGCGAAGGAUCGAAUCUACUCUCUGAACUUGAGGACGAGGGUGCCGAAGUUCUUUGCUAAAGACUAUAGCUUUCAAUUGGGUUCCAUGGUUUUCCCGCAGCUCUGGCCUACCCCAAUUCCCAACUAUGAAAAAUUACGAGGCAGCUAUGAUGGAUCGUACAAGGAGGGUUGGCUUCAAUCGAGUAAUCACAUGAACCCAAAACUUCUUCACCCAUGUAUUUUUAUUUGA